CAAGCCAAGUGGGGCCACCCUGCCCCGCCCCGAGGCCGCCUCUCCCAAGAGGUAUAAACAGCCCGAGCCUCCGAGUGGGGCACCAGGGCUUCUGGGAGGCAGGAGACCGAGCAGAACAAUGGCACCGGUGACUCAGUUGGGCUUUGUCCUUGUCAUCGUCCUCCUCUGCCGGACGUCCAUCACUUCAGGAACGGUGAAGCUUCGGAUGCCAGUGAAAAAUGCCAAGCUGAAGGAGCAAGGGAAGGACUGCUCCCAGAUCUGGACAGACAACCCGCAGUCCCCCAGCGACAUCUAUGUCAUCAGGCCAGAGGGGGCCCCCGACGCCUUCCAGGUGUACUGCGACAUGCAAAAAGAUGGCGGCUGGACGGUCUUCCAGAGGCGGACCGGGGGCAACGGCAGGCCUUUGGCCUUUGACCGAGUCUGGUGGGAGUACGAUAACGGCUUUGGCGACGUGGAAGGCGAGCACUGGCUGGGCCUGUCCAAGCUUCACUCCCUGACGCACCAGCCCGGCGUCCGCACCCAGCUCCGAGUGGACCUGCACAGCUUUGAAAACGAGAGCCGCCACGCCCUCUAUGAUUCCUUCCAGGUCGGGGACGCGGCCAGUUUCUACACCCUGACCCUGGGCAGGUACUCCGGAAAUGCAGGAGACGCUUUCCGUGGUGAAAACUGGGCGGGAGCCGCCUCCCAGGAGGGCACUGCCUUCAGUACCCUGGACAGGGACCACGACUCCUGCAACCCCUGUAUCAGCGGGGAUAUAGCCUUCAAUGAGUGCAGCCAGUGGCAUGGGGGAGCAGGCUGGUGGUUCAGCGACUGUGGGGAGGCCAACCUCCAUGGGGACUGGCACCCUGAGGGGGACCACAAAAGCUGGAGCUCUGACAUCCACUGGGGAACCUGGAGCCCAACGGAUUCUCUAAAGGCCACCGAGAUGAAGGUGAAGACCAUCAAGAAGGCUGCAACUAAGGCUUAGGAGCCAAGGGCCUUUCCAGCUGCCCCCAGAAGCAGAUCAGAAAGGUGGCCGGCCCAGAGAGCCAACGAGAGGAGGCCUGGAGAUGACAGUGUGAUCUCAUGGGACUGAGAAAUUGGGGAGCUGUCUGCUGUAGAUACUGGGGAAUGAUCAAUAAAAAUGGAGAUUACAGCC